AUGCAGGCGUAUAACUCAAAACUACCAAUAUCUGAAGCAAAAUAUAAAGAUCUGGUAAAUCUUUGUGAAACAAAUGCGAUUCCACCAAGGUAUCACCAGGUAUAUUUAUCUAUGUCGAGGAAAAGUACAGUUAGAGAUGCACUGGCAGAAACAGACGAUGAAGAUGAUACCAACCUGUCGGUUUUUACAAGUGUUGAGGGUUUUGUUGACUGGAUCCAUGUAUAUGAACGCAUAAAAGAUCACGAAGAGUCAAAAAACCACAGAGAAGCAUCAAAAUGUUAUAUGAGUGAUAGUCGGGAACAAAGUGUAGAUGGAUUAUUUAACAGAGUCCAGUGGAGUCAAAGAGAACAUGAAGUAAUCAAGAGAAGAAAAUUAGCCGAAACUAUAAUUGAAAUAGUAAAAGUAGUCGGAAAACAAGGAUUGCCGUUUAGAGGAUUUAGGUAUGAGGCAGCUUAUAAUUUAAAUAAUACAGCAGUUAACCAUGGACACUUUUUGGAAAUUGUGUUAUUAAUAGCCAAGUCUAAUAUUGAUUUAAAUGAUCACAUUACUAAGGCAAUCGUAGAACGUGAAAAACGAGCAAAAAGUGGAAAAACGGGUAGAGGAAAUUUGUUUACUUUUUUAAGUCCUACAACUGUAACAAACAUUAUUCAAACUAUUUGUAAAUUAUUAUUAUUAAAAAUAUCUGAAGAAGUAAAUUCAGCUGGUAUUUAUUCAAUUACUAUGGAUACAACUAUGGAUAUAUCUACCCAUGAUCAAUGUGUAUUUGUUUUGCGGUAUAUUAAAGAUAGAACUGAAGGCACUAGGUCUAUAGUUGAAGUUAAGGAACGAGUUGUAGCUUUAAAAAACGUGAUUUCAUCUUCAGGGCAGGGUUUAUUUGAUUUAUUAAAAUUAACUUUAGAUUCUAUGAACAUUGGCUUAGAUAAUUGUGUUGCAGACGCUUUUGAUGGUGCUGCCAAUAUGAAUGGCCAAUAUAAAGGAGUUCAAGCUAAACUCAAGGAAGUACUCCCAAGGCAUAUUCAUACAUGGUGCCACGCGCAUGUGUUAAAUCUAGUAUUACAACAAACUACUUCUUGUUCAGUUACAGUCAUUUCUUUUUUUGGACUUCUUCAAGAACUAUUUGUUUUUUUCAAAGAAUCUUAUAAAAGACUCAAUGUUUAUGAAAAUCAGAAUAAUCCCAGUCGUCCGUCACAUUUGAUAAAUAUUGGUAAAACUCGAUGGCGGUCUAAAAAUGAUGCGGUUAUUAAAAUAUUUGGUCGUAUCGAUAUGUGGAAUGAAAGCGCAAAGAAUGAUGACAAAAAGCAAUUUGUAUAUGUGCAAAUUGUAUUUGCACUUUAUGAAAUUUCUGUUACUAAUGAUUUUUCAAACUGCGUAAGAAGUACAGCUCAAAGUUUACUAGGUCGACUUACCCGUUAUGAAACAGUAUUAACAGCAAUGCUGUUUUUGCAAAUAUAUAAGUUUACUACUGCUCUAUCGGAUUACCUACAAACAUCUGGUCUAGAUUAUAUUCAAGCAUGGAGAAAAAUUGAUGGAACAAUAAAGUCUUUAAAAGAAAACCAAAGAGAAUUUUUACCAGUCAGUGCAGCAGCAAAAAUAUUCAUUGAAUUUGUAUCUAGUGUAAUUUGGGAAAAUGAGUCAGACAUUGAUAUAGAAUUAGAGCUUCCUGAAAAGAGAAGAAAAACUAUUCCAAAACGUUCUGGAGAAAAUUUAAGUACUAACCAUAAUAUAGGAGAUGGAGAUACUCCCGAAAAUGGCUUGCCCCCCUAA